UUUUUCGGUCUGUCAGGGGGAAGAGGGACUUUUCUAAAUAUAACUUAUCCAUUACUAAAUGAUCUAAGCAUGGAUUUAGUAAGUACUUCGGUAGUACCUACUAAUUCCAUGGAUCUAAGACGCUCGGCCAUUAUUUGUGAAUCAUGUUCUUGUAUUUGUGGUAAAAUCCCGCGCGCGGGGGGCCCUUCUAAAUCUAUGCACACACAUUAGUACAAUAAUUUGUAAACGAGAGUAAACCGCAGAUUUAGAAAGGUGCCCCCUUAGAGAAUAGAAUCUAGGUGCCCCGCGCGCAAUACAUUGGUUGCGCAGCCAUCGCAAUGUAAAAAAGUAAUAUGUCAACGUUAAUCUAUUUGAUAUCUACACCCAACACACUCAUCACAUGACAUGCAAUGCUUCAUUUAGACCACCAUGGCUAGCGAAGUAUAUAGUUGCGAAUUAGAUCCAGAAAGUAGAACUAUUUUACGAAUAUACUUGUUUACGAAUGUGCAGAACAUUGAUUUUAUUAGAGACAAUAUUGUAAAAGGUGUUUGGAAGUGUUCAGUCAUAAAAGCCAGCUUAAUAGUUGAUCCCCUGCAGGUGGCAGUGGCGGCCAAUAAAGCAGUACUUGCAGAGAAACAUAACUCAAUGAUUACCAAAACUGUGUUUGCUGAAAUUUUGUACAACUUGUCCCUCACCAAAAAUAUAUCCCAGAGUCUAAGCAAAUUCGGGAUAGACAAAGAUAACAGCCUGCUGUUUUGUUUCCUGAUAACAGACCCGAAAAAUGAAUCUGAGAUGAAUGACAUAAUCUCCCAAAUUGAUGGUAAACAGUGCCCUGUCAGUGACAUUCCACACUACUCUAGUGUGAAAGACAUCAAGAGUGUGUACAAGCUCAACUAUUAUAAAUGUUAUAAGAAUUUAAAGACUGAGGAUUUGCUUGACGAGAUUGUCAGCAAAAUGGUUACAAAAAACUUUCUUUCACAUUAAAAAUACCUGUUUUUGUGUCCAUUAUUUUUACUCUUUUAGCUAUUGUUCAUAACCUAAUGACUUACAUUAAGAUGGAGGUGCCAUAUUCCUGAUCAACACCUGUAUAUAUAAAGGUACUAUGAACCUA